AUGGCAAAGUCAGGCAUUUACUUUGGAUGUUUUAUACUGGCCCUAAUACAAACUACGGUGGGGGCAAAUCCUUUGAUCAACAGUUACAAUGUCCAGGAAUUGGAAAGUCUGAAGGACCUAAUACAGCGACUAGAAGAGAGGUUGCCAUCCAACGAGGAACCUGAUGUUUACCCCGAAUCUGAAGACGUAAAAACGGAUGCUGAGGAAGAAGACGCGGGACUUUCACCCGACGCUCUCCGUCAAAGUGAAGAGAACCUGAUCCUGAAUAUAGCCGACAGAAUUGCCCCAGAAAACGGCUUGAGGUCACGGUUCAGGGAUCUGGCUGGCUUGACAAAAACGGCCAAAUCCUUCAACAGCUGUUUCGGUACCAGGAUGGACAGAAUCGGCUCCUGGAGUGGACUUGGAUGCAACACUGUGAAAACUGGUAACAAGAAGAAGAUAUUUGGGAAUUGAUCUCCA